AUGAAACCUUCAAUGUGUCUAUGGCUAUGUACACUCAAAAUUUCCUUUCUUUGCUUUAGUUUCUCAGUGAAGCCUGUCUCAUCUGUUCUACACUCUUACUCUGAUCAUUGUUUUUCAAUUGUUCCUGAACCAGUCCCCAUCUCCGAACCUCCCGGUUACGAGUUUGGUUCAUUUGGUCCAUCCCAAUCUGGUUUUUACUACUCUGAUGGAGAUUUCAGAGUUGUUAGUUCAAACAUAACCAGGUAUACAAAUUCAUUCUCGUUUUACACCGCUGCGGUGAGCCAAACAGAUAAAGAUGGUGUGUUUAUGAUCGAAGGAAGCUUUGAGCUCCAAAGUCCAUUUGUUUUACAAAGCCUCUUAUACGGAAGUGGAUCAUCAAAAGGUUCAGUUUCCACACCUCACAUACCGCCUACGGUUGCUGAUUAUACGAAUCCGUUUAUUUUGAAGCUGCACGGCUUCUGGUACGAAUCCCUGGGGGAACUUUGUAUGGUUGGAACAGGUUCUUCAUACUUGAAAGAAGGUACUCUGCUUACACCUGUAGCUGUUCUUAAGCUUCAUAAUAUCAAGACUUCAAGUAGCAUUACUAGUUUGAUUACUGGCACUUUGGAGAGUUUGAGUCCUAGCAAUGAUAGUAAUUAUUUUGAACCAAUCUCCAUAUUGUUGUUCCCACAAUUGAACUACAAGUUUACCUUUGUGUCUGGAGAUUCCGCUGACGAGCUUUCCGAUGGAAGUGAUCCCGAAAAGAAUUUACCAGUAUAUGAUGUGUUGCCAGGAAGAUCCUUUUGUUCAAAGUUCACAAGCCUUGUAUUUAGAAAUGUAUAUAAUUUGCAGUAUACAGGGUGCAGAUCCAACAAGAAGUGUCUCCCUCGAGAUGGGGUGAUUGCCAAUUUGCCCGGUUCUAUGUCUUUAAGUGCCGUUGAUUGUUCGGAUGUUCUAAAGAGAGUUCAGAUUUUGCUAACGUUUGAUGAUAAUAUCAAGCUUUCAAGGCACGAAAAGCGUUUUGAUCCCAACACAACAUUGAUCGGAGAAGGAAUAUGGGAUGAUAAGAAGAAUCAGUUGCAUGUUUUGCUUUGUCGGUUUCUCGACAUUGGAAACUCUUGGUCUAAUGCACAUGUUGGGGAUUGCACAACAAGGUUGAGCUUGAGGUUCCCUGCAAUCUGGUCAAUCAAAGAGACCAGUACCAUAAUGGGGCAAAUUUGGACCAACAAAACCGUGGAUGAUUCAGGUUACUUUGAAAAAGUUGUGUUUCGAAGUACUGAGAAUCGCAUCGAUACUCUUUAUAGAUCAAAGUACGAAUAUACUGAACUUGACAGAGUAAGUAAUUUAUGCACGGAAAAGAAACUUGCAAGAAACAAGAGACAAAGGUACCCUAGUCCCAAAUUUUCCGGGAUGAGGUUCAGCAUAUCGGUUAAAAGUUCAAAAGGAAGGACUGGAUGGGGUUUUGCAGAUGCUCUGACCGUGAAUAAUCAGUUGUACAAGCACACCCACCUUAUGUUUGCUGCCAUCAAUGAUGACUUCGAGAGGCUUACAAGGUGGGAACCUCAGGGCCGAGUCAACAUUAGCUACAUUAUAGACAUCAAAUGGCACACUCCUCCGAAGUUAACUAAUGAAGGUAGUGCAUCUAUUGCACUUGAUGAGAAAAUGGAGAUCACUGCUGAAGGGAUUUAUGAUGCUGACACAGGAGGCUUGUGUAUGGUUGGCUGCAGAAAGAUUGCAUCGAUUGAUCAGUUUGGAAAUGCUUCUAUGGACUGUGACAUUAUUCUUAACUUUCAAUUUGCUCCGGUAAAGGGGUUCAAGAACGAACGGUAUAUUCGGGGAAGAAUCAGAAGCAUACGAGAGAAAUCUGAUCUUCUUUAUUUUCAUCCUCUAGAUGUGUCUUCUGUUGCUUACAGCAGGGAGCAAGCUAGGCAUACCAUUUGGACCAUGGAUCUUGAGAUUGCCAUGGUUGUAAUAUCUCAAACACUUGUAUGUCUAUUUGUGAGAUCUCAGCUCUAUCAUUCGAAAAGGCAGCCAAAUAGACUCCCCUUUACUUCACUUGUUAUGCUUGUGAUCUUUACCCUGGGCCAACUGAUUCCUCUGGUUCUUAACUAUGAGGCCUUAUUCCAUCAAAAGAAUGAUCAGGGUACCGUGUUGUUUCAAACCGGCGGAUGGCUCGAAGUAAAUGAGAUAAUCGUAAGGAUAACUUCAAUGGUAGCUUUCUUGUUGCAGCUCCGUAUUCUCCAGCAAGCAUUUUUGAGUAGAUCGAACAACAGAAACGGAAAAGGCCUAUGGUUUGCUGAGAAAAUGACCUUGCUUGUCACACUACCAUUGUAUCUUUAUGGUGCAUUCGUUGUUCUGCUUGCCGAUAGGGGGAACUAUAGAUGCGACACUGUGUUGCUUCCCACUCGUCCAGUUGACUACUGGCAGCGUUCGACUUGGGAUGACCUGAAAUCAUAUGCAGGUUUAAUCUCAGAUGGUUUCCUUUUGCCCCAAAUACUGUUCAAUAUAUUCUCGAGCUCUAGAGAAAAUGCACUUAGCCCCUCGUUCUAUAUCGGUACCAGUCUGGUUCGGUGGCUGCCGCAUGCAUAUGAUCUCUACUGUGACCACAGCUAUGUUGAAUACAAGGGAACAUCAAUUUACGCGAACCCUGCAAAGGAUUUUUUCUCCACUGCAUGGGAUGUCGUUAUCCUUAUUGGUGUUUUGCUGUUAGCUGCAAUCAUUUACUUGCAACAGCAAUUUGGUGGUUGCUGCAUUGUUCCAAAGAGAUUUAGCUGGCGGAAAAGCUAUGAAAAAAUCCCAGCGGUGGGCCAAUCAUAA